AUGGGGAGUUCCCGGAGCAAGCCGGUGCGGGAGCAGCAGCCGGCGGCACCGCCAAAGCCGAAGCAGAUGCCGGAGCCGACGCCGGAGCCGAAACCGAAGAAGAAGCAUGACACGAAGGUGGAGGUGCCGCCCCUCAUCGACCCCCCGCCCAACGCCGCCCGCACCAGGAUGCUGGUGCCAGGGUACGAGCUGUGGUUCGGGAAGCCCUCGCUGCGCGCCCUGUUCGACGACUACUUCAAUCAAGCUGGGAGCGUAAACGCAGGGGUCAUGCUCAAGAUGGUGGAGGAUCCUCAUGUCGAUCUGACCGCAACUGCGUCACCAGGUGGCGGGGAGGCUCAGCUUCGAUGGCAGAGUGAUUUGGAUAAUCCAGAUACCUUUGUGCACUUUCUUGUGUCAACGCCGAAAUCCACUUUGAAGCUCAGAUCGAGUGCACAUUCUCCUAAAUAUGGUAUUGGUGCCUUUUAUGCAAUGCCUUUGCAUUUUGGAAACAGCAUUUGUUCAGAAGACAGUGGUAUCAUGGGUUUGAGAUAUGAUUCGAAGAAUCUAUCAUUGGGGGCAUCUUUUGUGCCAUCUCUCUUAUCCGUUGGGGUACCCUCUGUCUCUGUGGUACCCUAUGGUGCAUGGUUGGUUGGAAGAAUAGGGGGAUUAAGUGCAGGGGCACAAUGCAAGCCCCUAAGUACCGCUGGAAACAAGACUUUUCCUUUUGAGGACUUGAAGAACUGGGAUUAUGGAAUCAGUUAUGGUGUGGGUUCAGAUAGUCCACUCAGCCCUUCACUAAAUUUUUCUCUAGAGCUUCUCAGAAGCACACAGCUGGUCGCGUCAUUCUAUCAGCACCAGGUUGUCCAAAGGCAGGUAUACUCUAUGAUUCCUACGGAAGCAACCAAAAUUACAAACUACAUUGAUUUUGGGCUUGAGCUAGCCACAAGGGUGGGUAAGGAUGAACAAACAGAUGAUGCCGACAAUUCCUCGUUUCAGAUAGCUGCAAACUGGCAGGCUAAUAAGAACUUACUAGUAAAGAGAAAAUAA